CCUAAGACUGACCAACCUCAAAUAACACUCUUGAUUUCCUCUACGAUCCUCCAACAUGAUUUCACACAUUCAAAAUCAUUUUAGGAAAUCCAAGCAACCCCAGACAGCCAUGUAUAUUUACUAGACUACCAACUGAUACCAGCAACCUAGCCAAAGACACAAUCUCUGAUUUUGACACUUUGCUACCCUUAUUUCUUCACAACCUUACCAUGUAUAAGUAUAUACGUAUACCUAUCAUCGAAUAUAUAUUCUAUAUAGAUCGAACAUGGCCAAGGAGAGCGAGCCGUGGGAGUGGAGGAUGAGCUUCCCUGACGGCAUGUCAAUGCUUUUCGUCUCCGAGUGCAUUCCUCACACCCCUGGAUUCAUUGUGGGCUUGUUGUUCAAGUCUUUGGGAUUGAUGCAAAGUGGUUGGAGAUAUGGAACGAGCGAGCCUCGGAAGAUAAUCCAUUGUUUCAAAGUUGGGAUGGCUCUGUGCCUCGUCUCCUUGUUUUACUAUGUUAACCCUUUGUAUGAAGGAGUCGGAGGGAAUGCUAUGUGGGCUGUCCUCACCGUUGUUGUUGCUCUCGAGUACACCGUAGGUAGGCAUCUCAAUAUGGUCAAAAUUGAUUAAAAUCUGACUAUAUUAUGCUUAUAUCGUGCAACAAUGCCAGGUGCAACCAUCUGUAAAUGUGUGAACAGAACAACCGCAACUUUCAUCGCAGGGGCACUAGGUGUUGGUGUGCAUUGGGUAGCUACCCGGUUCGGGAAGGCGUGGGAGCCCAUAAUCCUCCAAGGCUCAGUUUUUUUCUUCGGUAUUAUUUGAAAUCCCGUUGUCUUCUCUCAUCAAUUCACUCUAGAGCCAUCUAGAAACAUUU